AUGACAGCGGAUCAAGAACGCAAGAAGCUUCGAGUCCUCGUCGUUGGUGCAGGCAUUGCGGGUCUUGCAGCAGGGAGAGCGCUGCGUGAGCACCACGAAGUUCACAUCUUCGAACAGUCCAGCUUCAAGACCGAGGUAGGCGCUGCCAUUCACACAGGACCAAACGCAAGUCGUAUCCUGCUCAACUGGGGGUUGAACCUGGACCGGCUGGAGUCGCCCGAUUGCCGUCACAUCUACGAGUACAGCAUCUCGGGCAAGCUCGUCUCGCAUCGUCAAGUGGACCUCACCAAGCUCUUUGGUGCACCCUGGCUGCUCAACCACCGCGUGUCUCUGCACAAGGAACUGCUGUACCUAGCGACCUCCCACGACGCUGCUCUGCCUGGCGAGCCUGCCCAGCUGCACUGUGGCGCCAAGGUCGUCGCGAUCGACGGCGAGAACGGCACGAUCACCCUUGCGAACGGCGAGACAUUCCAGGGAGACAUCAUCGUCGGCGGUGACGGCAUCAAGAGUACGCUGCAGUCCUACGUCCUGAACCAGCCUGUCACGGCUCGCCCCAGUGGCCACUCGGCCUAUCGCUUCCUGAUCCCGUUUACGCGACUGCGCGAGCUCCACGACGCCGAGGUGGACCGGAUCUUGGCGGAACCCUCGCUGACGAUGUUUGUUGGGCAGGACAGAAGGAUGGUCUGCUACACGUGCAGAUACGACGGGCAGGACCUGCUCAAUGUUGUUGCCAUGGUGCCCGACGUCGGGCUGUUCGAAGCGUCCACCGAGUCCUGGAGCGCCACCGGAUCGCUGCAGGACCUCGCGGCGUCGUUUGCCGACUUCCCCCCCACCGUCAAGCAGAUCCUCGGCCAGGCGUCCGAGUGCGGUCUCUACCAGCUCCGCGACCAGGAACCGCUCGCCCAAUGGCACCGCCACCGCGCACUCCUCAUCGGCGACGCUGCCCACCCCAUGCUCCCGCAUCUCGGCCAGGGCGGUUCGCAGGCGAUCGAAGAUGCCGAAGCCCUCGCCUACGUCCUCAGCACCUCGCCCGGCCUGCCCGAGCUCGAGAGCGUCCACAAGGCGCUCGAGCGCUUUCAGACGCUCAGGCAUUUUCGUGCAACCAUCUCGCAGGAGAAAUCCAGGUCCCAGGCCCUCGGCCCCAGAGCGGGCUCGCAGGAGGAGCUUCUGGGUAAAAACCCGUUAUUGUUCACCGGGUUCCUGUACGAUUACCAGGGCGCGCAAGAAUGGGAGCAGAGGAUGAAAGAAGGCCGGGUUGGUAAGGUCCCCGACGGUCCUCCUGUGCCGGCUAAAGCGGCUGCUUCUUCGGACUCUAAGAGAGCGGGCGAUGCUCAUGUCUCCGCGUCUUCGGUCAACGCCUGA